AUGCAAACAGACCUGAGCCACUCUCCGAUGCGAGUCUCGAGCUACUACCCCCUCAAGGCCUUCCCGCACCGCUAUGCUCAGAUGCUCGACUGCUAUCUCCAUGGCAUGCCGAUCUGCCAGUGUCCGACGGAAUGUGAUGGAUGUCAGCGCGAGCUCGACCCCUCCGUUGCUGCACAUCAUCUCCAGACCUGCAAACGCCGAUCCUCCAAGCUUCCCACGGCGCAUGACAACCUUACUCGUACGAUUCGGUCGAUGCUGAACGAAGCUGGUCUUCAGAGCGUCAUCGAUACAGUGGGGGAUCCUCGUUCUCGACGGCAGGUACCCUCCCAUCCUCAUGGCCGCAAGAUGAAGGGCGAUAUCCACAUCCCUGGAAUCCGCGAUCGAGGGUCCGAGCAGUACGAGGGCUUGAUGGCGGACGUGACGUUGGUCCACCCUUACAUUGGUAGCUCUGCCGACCUGACCAAGUGGGGGGAGGUCAACCUCGACGCCCUCCAUGUUGCAGCGUCUGAGAAGAUUCGCAAACAUCGCGCUGCAUAUGCCAUGACUACUCCUCCUCGAGCGUUCAUCCCUCUUGCCAUCUCGACGGACGGUACCCUGCAUCCUGACACCCUCCGCUUCAUCUGGUAUCUCGCGGACAUCAUUGCUCAGCGCUCAAUGCCUCUUGAGGAUGCGGCGUUUGGUCGGCACUUCGUGCCUGAUGACGGACCUGCUGCUGAGGUCUUGGCUCGCAAACGCGCCGCCACCUAUCAGCGCCUCACCAUGCAGCUGACGCUGGAAGCGCUCUUGUCUGGUGCGAGGCGCAUGACGCCCUUGCGGGCGCAAGCACUUCUCGAGCCAGAGGACAGCUCCUCCUCGGACUUUGUCGAGUCGCCCGAGGAGUCUUCGCCGGAGGUCUCCGACUCCGAUGGGGGACACCCUUCGAGUGGCCCCGACGAUCGGCGCGGAGCUGGCGAGGCGUCUCCGUCCCUCACUGUGACGUCGGGUGCCUCCGGAGAGCUCGACACCACUGGGGCUGCUUGUCUGCGCGGCUUCGCGCUUGGGCUGGCGCUGCCGCGUCUGGGUGCCAGCAGUGCUGGUUCUUUUCGGGCUUGUGUUUUGUGUGUGAUUGUGCAGCUUCUCGCUGUGGACUGUGUGCCUGCCGUAAAUCCAUUACCUGCUCCAGUGGCGUCGAGCUCUCCGGAGGAAUCAGACGUCACAGUGAUGGACGGAAAGGCUUCUCCAGCGACACUCUUGAUGCUUCCACCGUUGGAAUCCUGUCUACGUGGCUUGCCGCGUGGGCUGGCGAUGCCGCGUCUGGUUGUGCUGGUUCUUUUGGGGCUUGUGAUUUGUGUGUGUUUGUGCAGCUUCUCGCUGUGA